AAAUUGCAAUAACCAGAAGAAUAGAAGUUGUCAAUUCGAAAAGAAAAUGGAUAGUUUGUUUUUGGUGCAAAUAAGAUAAAAUAAUUAAACAAAUAUAAUUAUAUAUAAGUAAUAAAUAUGGCCCAAGCGAUCUUCAUGAAACAAAUGGGCUCCCGUAUGGUGGGUGGUGCUGUUCAAACCAUGGAAUGGAGCAAUAAAAUGGAUUUGAUAGCCUAUGGCACCGACAGAGGUGAAGUUAUAAUACAACGCUUGAAUUGGCAAAAGAUAGUGACAUUUCCUUCCCAGGGCGAAGAUAUUGCGGUACGUUCACUCGGUUGGCAACUGGAUGAAACAGUUUUAGCAGCUGGCUACAGCAAUGGACGAGUGACAUUGCUCGAUGCCGAACGAGAGGACCAAAUUUCAAUGCUCAACUUUGAAGAUGAUAUCAAACGCGUGUACUUCACCAAAGCUAUAAAAAUAUCCGAUUACCGUAGCACCUAUCGCAAUCGCAAGGAGCACACCUUCGACUUUUUUCUACCACCUUUACCUCCUUUAAGCGGCAUCGGAUCUUUAUCAAAGUCACCGGAAGAGCAGAGAUCUUUUGCUAAAGGUUCGCCCUGCUUCUUGGUAGUCAUUACCGUAACUGGGAAAGUACAUUUAUUGCUGCUUGGAGCACUACGUGCAGGACACAUAGAUUUGAAGCAGCACGCUACACAUCCAGAAAAGUUCAUAGUACAUGAUGUUCGUUUGAGUGGCAACUUCAAUGCCAUCUAUGCCCUGGUUACCGAUGGCUCCGACCUGAAGGUAUUACAUUUUCACAAUGCUGUGCUACAGGAGUAUAUCUCACCAAUGCUGCAUUUAGCAGUGCACUGUGCUAAUGUACUGGAGACUAAAAACUACAUAAACGAAACCAUUCAAAGUAUUAUGGAAGCGUGGGAAACAGUGCUCUUGGAGAUGGAUAACAAACUAACAAAAUAUGCAAAUCAACAACCAGAAGGCUCGAUCGCCGCGGAUUUUUUGGAAUUGCUGGUAUUUGGAUAUGCUACACAUGAAAUCGAGGACUUUCUCAGAGAUGAUUUAAACGAGAAGGGUUUGAAAAAGUUGGCGAAUUCGGUCGAUCUUAGUUACUCCACUGUGGCGAGUCUUGUUACUAAGCAAUUACAAAGUAGCAGCGUAAAUAUGUUCUAUUUUCUGAAUGCAUUGAAAGGCCUAAGCCGUAUUACUUAUUUUUUUGAGCCGCUUCUCUCAUCAGAUGCCACCCAAGAGGCGCUUCGUGCAUGUGGCGCUUUCUUGAUGAAAGUGCUGGAAGUGCAACAAGUCAUCGAUCAGUGCAUCAAUGACAUGAAGCUAUUUUUCUCUUGGCUCUGUAUAGUGAUUUUGCGCCUUUAUCAGCAUGAUAUACCCGAAGAAAUGACACAGAUAACACCGGAAGAUACAAUAUAUCUGGCGGAAUACUUAAACAGUUUUGAGGACAGCGUUGUGGAAAAUGAGGACGGCACUGUGACAAAGCGCAAAUUCAAUUUGGAAAAGGUUGGGCAAUAUUUGGAAAACCGAAAUUUGCAGCAGAUUGUCAAAUCGGAUCCGCAUCACUUGUGGCAUCGCUUACUAGAAGAAAACGAAUGUCUACGCAAUUGCUCUUUACUCUUUCCGCACGAAAAAGAAACUUCGCUUAUACAGCAGCGUGACAAGCUACUAAAAGCGGUCGAGGAUGUUUUCAAACGCCCUAAUGAAAGUAUUAGUGCUAGUUUUGUGCAGGAUGCGAGCAUCACGUGCGCUUCGUUGCCGCCCGCACCGGACGAUGGUGACAUGCACCCUGUGUUUCAUAGUUCAUUUUUUGUGGAUGAGGAAUCAAGUACAGACUUGUUGGUUACAACGAUAAAUUGGCACGAAGCUUUGUUGCUGGAGUUUAAUAAGCAAUUUUCUUUUCUAAAAUGUACGCGCAUCGAUUUGCAACCUGGACCAUUUACUAGUCAUGCUCUGCGCGAUGUCGUUUUUAAUUCGUUAAAAUUUGUUGACUUGGGAUUUUAUAAUGAGAGCCUACUCUCGAUAUUGCUGCACAAUAACGGACAAAAUGAUGAUAAACGAAGCUACUUCUUGCAAUGUAGUUUGGAAGCUACAAAGGGGAAACGAACGCGACACAUAAUGCCAAAUAAUGUUAACUUGGUGGAUGUGGACUUUGCAUGCCACAUUCCUGAUAUAAUGGAUGCUAACAUCAUAAAACCUCUUGAAGGCGAGUGCACACGCCUGGCGGUUUCGGGCAGCAGAAAGGUGGUCACAGUGCUCUCCGAUCAAUGCCAUAAAAUGACCAUUUUCGAAAUGGAUAUCGAGGACGAAGAAGAUGAGACUGAAAUGUCGCAAAAUUCGUUGCUAGAAAUAAGUAAAGAAUCGGCUACAUCAUCAAAUGAAUAAAAUAAAUUGGAAUAAGCUGAAAAUUGCUUCUAUUUGUAUUUAUUCAAAAAUAUUUUUACUAUUUAGCCAGCUGGGA